GAAGGGGCGGGGCCAUCCUCCCCGAAGCCAAUCCAUCAACGUCAGAGCGGGCAGCCCCGCUAGGCCGACCCCUCCAUUUUACAGCCUGGGAAACUGAGACCCUGGCCACCCACUGUGAGCGAAUUCUAGAAGGAAGAACGUCGCACGGGACUGAGGUCUGACAGACCUAGCCUCGCUUUCCGCAGCGCUCUGCCACAUUCAUCCUCCCUACACGCACGGGACACGAUAGGGCGCCAUGUAUGUAAGGAUGUCCUGUACGGUGGGGAUAAUAGCACCUCCUUCCCAGGAUGGUCGUGCAGCGACUUAGACCGUCAUCACUUUAGGAUCUUCAUAAAUGCUUGAUUAUCCAUUGUGUUUGGGGGCUCGCGGAGAGAAAGGGAGUAAACUGGCGCCACAGAACAAUCUGUCAUCUCCCCUGGAUCCACCCAAGGGAUUGGCGGUGACUGAGCCUUCCUGUUCUUUGAACACAUUUUUUCUUUGGACAAUUUGCUGAGCAAAAAAAUGCAACAAAAUUGACUCAUUUGCUUUUAAAAUUGAACACAUGAAACAAAAGUUGUUCAAUAUGUAACACCAGCUUCACGAGUAAAUGCCACAGAUAUUUUAAAAUGUGUAUCAAUUCCACAUUAAGGAGGAAAGGAGGGGACCAUAACGGUCAGGGAUGGGAAGGACUGACAAGCGACAAGGUCAGGAAGACCUGAGGUUUGACACUCAGACACCAACAAGUCACCUGAUCUCAGCCUCAACUUCUUUAUCUGUAAAAUGAGGUGGAUAUGGCACCUGCCUCACAGAAGAUAUAAAAACGGGUUCAGGGCAGGAGCUGGAGAUCUUGCCAGGGCCACAGAGCGAGGGAGGUACGCACAUUGUGGGUCCUGAUGUGAUAAGGGCCUUGAUCGCCGCCGCCACUAGACCAGGAACGACCGCAUUCCUCCUUUCUCCCCUUUGGUCCGCUAAUUGAAUAAAGUCCACUCCCUGAGAGCAGUCUGGGUCUGACCUUUCUUCCUCGUUCCUUCGGGGUGCGGGGUGGGGAGGGAGCGUUCUGCAACUUGGCUGCGGGCUCAGAAUUGGCCUGGCCGUGGUCCCGAACCCUUCCCUGCUCCUCUUUUGGCAUUGCGUCCUUCCUCCGAGACUGACCCUGGCGACCUUACCGAUGGCACUGCUUCGUAGACUUCUCCACGGGGCGAACAGGGUGAAGCGCUCCUGGCCCGAUAGGGAUUUGGACGUGGGGAAUGUGGGAGGGAAGGAACUGAGUUCCCAGCGCGCGCCCUUGACCGCUGCCCUCUCCCUGUCCCGCCUCUGUGCGGGCUCCCUGGCCGGCAGCUGCCUUUCCGAUCCCAGCCUCUGGGACCGCCUCCACGCCCAGGCGCUGCCCGGAAGUCUCCCUAACUUCGACUGGUUUUUUGGCUAUGAAGAGGUUCAGGGGCUUCUCCUGCCCCUGUUGCAGAAAGGGACUCCCCAGGGGUCAGCAGUGGCCCCCCUCAAGGUGCUGGAUGUGGGCUGUGGGACCUCGGAUUUGUGCUCUGGACUUUACACCAAGUGCCCCCUGCCCUUGAAUGUGCUCGGGGUGGACUUUUCUCCAGUGGCUGUGUCUCACAUGAAGCGCAUGCUGGAAGGGCAUGGAGACCACCCUGAAUUGCACCCCAAGCACCCUGCUUCCCGUCUGCAUUUCCUGCAGGCUGAUGCCAGGAACCUGGGCUCUCUCUGUCCUUCUGGAUCCUUCCAACUGGUGCUAGACAAAGGCACCUGGGAUGCUGUGGCCAGGGGUGGCCAAACUGGGGCACAGCAGCUGCUGUCUGAGUGUCUGCGGGUGCUGGCCCCCAAGGGCACCCUAGUGCAGUUCUCAGAUGAGGACCCUGAUGUCCGCAUGCCCUGCUUGGAGCAAGGAGCUGGCAGCAGAUUGGUGACAGUCCAGGAACUGGGACCCUUUAGGGGACUCGACUAUUUUGCUUACUUCGUACAUGCAGUUCAAUAAAACCAAUCUUCCUCAUU